AUGAGUGGGAGAGUCGUGCUAGUGUACAUACUGAUCUGGCGGUGUCUGCAACCGGUCGGGGGGUUUUUCCUCACUCCAGUCGUGGAAGUCAGUCAGGGGAAGUUGAGGGGGCUCAGGAGCUUCUCCGGACAAUACCGGUACCACGGGAUACCGUACGCCAUCAGCGAUAGAUUCCAACCACCACAGUCACCUCAAAAAUGGAGCGGCAUCUUCCAUGCGGUGUCUCGGUUCGAUUCUUGCGCUCAAACCUUCGCUGUGUUUAGAGUGGGAAAAGAGGAGUGCCAGUUCCUCGACGUGUACACCCCGGGGCAGGAGGCGCGUGGACACGGUCUGCCCGUGCUCGUGUUCCUGCACGGAGGUGCGUACUACAUGGGCAGCAAGUGGCAUUAUGACCCAGAGUACCUAGUCAACAAGAACGUCAUCGUCGUAACAGUCAACUAUAGAUUAGGAGUACUAGGCUUCCUGUGCCUGAAUAACGUCGCCAACUUAGGACUUAAAGACCAACUCGCGGCUUUGAAGUGGAUACGAAGAAAUAUAUCUGCUUUCGGUGGAGACCCGGACAACGUGACUAUAUCAGGUCACAGCGCAGGAUCCACCUCCGCAGCGAUGCACUUACUGUCGAGACGUAGCAGGGGACUGUUCCACAAAGCGAUCCUAAUGAGUGGAGUAGCUCUAGCACCGUGGUCGUUUAAUCCCGAACCACUUACUCCGGCGUUUGAAGAUGCAGCCAAGAUGGGAACAGUGCGCAAUGAACGUGAAGUUUAUAAUACUUUUUUAAAAUCAUCUCUAACUGAUGUCCUGCACGCCACGCAGGGGACUUCCAUAGACCCUCGGUACUUCAAGUACGCGCCGUGUGUUGACACCAACUUCACCGACGCUUUCUUCCACGACACGCCAUACAAUAUUAUAAGUUCGGGGGAAUUCAACAAAGUUCCCGUCAUCAUCGGCGUCACAGACACAGAGGGCGUCUUGUUUUACGGGUUCCAUAACCAAAGAACAUUAGAAUAUUUAGAUAAUAACUUCAUUAAUAGGCUGCCGUCGGUAUUUUCUUGGUGCUCGGACGAAGAUAAAAGAAAAAUAGCCAAGGAAAUUCGUUCGCAUUACUUUGGAAAACAAAGGAUCAAUAGCAGAGAAGCGAUCAAAGGCACCGUGGACUAUUAUUCGGAUUGGAUAACGAACGCGGCCGUACACGCCUUCUCCAAGCUGAUAGCGAAGUAUUCUGACGCGCCAGUGUACAACUACAUGUUCUCGUACAGAGGAGGCCGUAACUUCGGCAGCGUGGUGUACGGCCGCGGCCUCAGCCUGGAAGGGGCCACACACAGUGAUGACAUCUUCUACAUAUUCAAGCCUGCUGGGUUCCCUCUACGGAUCCGGCAGUCCGACAUGUUCAUCAUCGACAGACAAACCACCAUGCUGACCAACUUUAUGAAGUUCGGAGAUCCAACCCCGCAUACAAGCGCUCUGCUGCCUAUCCGCUGGCCACGGAGCACGGCGAACAGGUCGGUAGUGAUGCACAUGGACCAGCAGCUGUACGUGGCGGACGCGGCCGAGGGCUCCCAGGGUCUGUUCCUGCUGCACAUGCUGUGUCAGUACGGACUGCGAGGCUACGUGCCCUGUGAGAGUGCCAUGAAAUGUAAACCCUGUCACAAAGUUACCAACAAAGGACAGUGAUCUAGUCAAAGCAAUGUAUUCAUGUGAUGUUUUAAUAUUGUACUUUAAUGAUACUUAAUUUAAUAUAAUCUUAGAUAUUGCCGUAGAUACACAGAAAUAUUUAAUGAUAACUUGAGCUAUGCUUUAGUAAAGAUUUUGGUUCGAAAACA